AUGCCGAGGCCGGAGAUCUCAUCCACCUCGCCCUCAGCCCCUGCGGCUUCCCAGUCGUCCACGGAGCCCUGGUCACAAGAGCCCCGCUACAGCUUCGGACUCCAGGACACGCCUCAGAGCCUCCCUUCGGCCAAGGCCUCCGCCUCCACCCCGUGGGGCACGUCCGGCGCCGCGGGCGACCGGAGCAGCAGCAGCAGCAGCCUCCUGGGCCCCGUGCCCACGGCCCUGCCGGCUCCCCGUUCAUACUUUGAAAACAAAAGGUCCUAUGCAGAAAAUCCAUUUGCAUCAAAUUUUAAUUUUGGGACAAGCUCAUCUUCUGCACGAGACAAUAAUUAUCCUCAAACACUAAAAACUCCAUUGUCUGCUGGAAAUCCACAGAGAUCAGGAUAUAAAAGUUGGACACCGCAAAUAGGAUACUCAGCUACAUCUUCAUCUGCAGUUUCUGUACACUCCCCAUCAGUUAUUGUAGCUGUUGUAGAAGGGAGAGGACUUGCCAGAGGUGAAAUAGGAAUGGCAAGUAUUGACUUAAAAAGCCCACAAAUUAUAUUAUCUCAGUUUGCAGACAACACAACAUAUGCAAAGGUGAUCACUAAACUCAAAAUUUUAUCACCUUUGGAAAUAAUAAUGUCAAAUACUGCUUGUGUUGUGGGGAAUUCAACUAAGUUGUUUACUCUGAUCACAGAAAAUUUCAAGAAUGUAAAUUUCACUACAGUCCAAAGGAAAUACUUCAAUGAAACAAAAGGAUUAGAGUACAUUGAACAGUUAUGUAUAGCAGAAUUCAGCACUGUCUUGAUGGAGGUUCAGUCCAAGUAUUACUGCCUUGCAGCUGUGGCAGCUUUAUUAAAAUAUGUUGAAUUUAUUCAAAAUUCAGUUUAUGCACCAAAAUCGCUGAAGAUUUGUUUCCAAGGUAGUGAACAGACAGCCAUGAUAGAUUCAUCUUCAGCCCAAAAUCUUGAAUUACUAGUUAAUAAUCAAGACUCUAGGAAUAAUCACACUCUCUUUGGUGUUCUAAAUUACACUAAGACUCCUGGAGGGAGUAGAAGACUUCGUUCUAAUAUAUUAGAACCUCUAGUUGAUAUUGAAACCAUUAACAUGAGGUUAGAUUGUGUUCAAGAACUACUUCAAGAUGAGGAACUCUUCUUUGGACUUCAGUCAGUUAUAGCAAGAUUUCUUGAUACGGAGCAGCUUCUUUCUGUUUUAGUCCAAAUUCCAAAGCAAGACACGGUUAAUGCAGCUGAAUCAAAAAUAACAAAUUUAAUAUACCUAAAACAUACCUUAGAACUUGUGGAUCCUUUAAAGAUUGCUCUGGAGAACUGUAAUACACCUUUAUUAAGAGCUUACUAUGGUUCCUUGGAAGAUAAAAGGUUUGGAAUCAUACUUGAAAAGAUUAAAACAGUAAUUAAUGAUGAUGCAAGGUACAUGAAAGGAUGCUUGAACAUGAGGACUCAAAAGUGUUAUGCAGUGAGGUCUAAUAUAAAUGAAUUUCUCGACAUAGCUAGAAGAACAUAUACCGAGAUUGUAGAUGACAUAGCAGGAAUGAUAUCGCAGCUAGCAGAAAAAUAUAGUCUUCCUUUAAGGACAAGUUUUAGCUCUGCUAGAGGAUUUUUCAUUCAGAUGACUAUAGAUUGUGCAGCCCUACCCAAUGAUCAACUUCCUUCAGAGUUUAUUAAGAUCUCUAAAGUGAAAAAUUCUUAUAGCUUUACAUCAGCAGAUUUAAUUAAAAUGAAUGAAAGAUGCCAAGAGUCAUUGAGAGAAAUCUAUCAUAUGACUUACAUGAUAGUGUGCAAACUGCUUAGUGAAAUUUAUGAACAUAUUCAUUGUUUAUAUAAAUUGUCUGACACUGUGUCAAUGCUGGAUAUGCUACUGUCAUUUGCUCAUGCCUGCACUCUUUCUGACUACGUUCGGCCAGAGUUUACUGAUACUUUAGCAAUCAAACAAGGAUGGCAUCCUAUUCUUGAAAGAAUAUCUGUGGAUAAACCUGUUGCUAACAAUACCUAUAUUACAGAAGGGAGUAAUUUUUUGAUCAUUACUGGACCAAAUAUGAGUGGGAAAUCCACAUAUUUAAAACAGAUUGCACUUUGUCAGAUUAUGGCCCAGAUUGGAUCAUAUGUUCCAGCAGAAUAUUCUUCCUUUAGAAUUGCUGAACAGAUUUUUACAAGAAUCAGUACUGAUGAUGAUAUAGAAACAAAUUCAUCAACUUUUAUGAAGGAAAUGAAAGAGAUAGCAUAUAUUCUCCAUAAUGUUAACGACAAAUCACUCAUAUUAAUUGAUGAACUUGGCAGAGGUACUAAUACAGAAGAAGGUAUUGGCAUUUGUUAUGCUGUUUGUGAAUAUCUGCUGAGUUUAAAGGCAUUUACACUGUUUGCCACACAUUUCUUGGAAUUAUGCCAUAUAGAUGUCUUGUAUCCUAAUGUAGAAAACAUGCAUUUUGAAGUUCAACAUGUAAAGAAUACCUCAAGGAAUAAAGAAACAAUCUUGUAUACGUACAAACUUUCUAAGGGAUUCACAGAAGAAAAAAAUUAUGGAUUAAAAGCUGCAGAGGUGUCAUCACUCCCACCAUCAAUUGUCUCAGAUGCCAAAGAAAUCACAACUCAAAUUACCAGACAAAUUUUGCAAUGUCAAAGAAGUACCCCUGAGAUGGAGAGACAGAGAGCAGUGUACCAUCUAGCUACUAGGCUAGUUCAAACUGCUCGAAACUCUCGGUUGGACUCAGACAGUUUACGAAUGUAUUUAAGUAAUCUCAAAAAGAAGUAUGAAGCAGAUUUUCCCAAGGCUGAGCAAGUUUCAGAAAGGAUUGAAGAAGAAUAA